ACAGAGCAUGUUCAUGGUGGCAGGCGAGAAUUCCACGGAGGAGUUAAAAAGACAACAUCAAGCCUUGAAAACUGCGUCGGUGAAAUCGAGAAUGGAAAGUAUUGAUUCCACUCUACCCUUGGAUCUGUUGCGGCCAGUUAACCAAUCGGGAGACAAGGGUGCGAGCUCAUGGCUUAUUGCAGUGCCUGUUGUCGAUCAAGGCUUGGUGCUGAAAAAAAAAGAAUUCAGAGACUUUCUGCGUUUGAGGUAUAAUAUGCCCCUGUCACACUUACCAAGCAAGUGUGUUUGUGGUGAGAAGUACAGCGUCUGUCAUGCCGUCAUGCAAAAAGGGAGGGUUCGAGGCGCAGAGACACAUUGGUGCUUGCAACCGACUUACCUCACUUAUUCGUAAGGUUUGCACCAACGUUGAAGUCGAACCACAACUACAACCUCUCGAUAAUGAGCUAUUCAACGUCAGAAGUGCGGUAACAAGCGCAGAGGCAUGACUGGACUUCAAGGCAGGAGGCUUUUGGUCUCGUGUAACCAGGGAAAAACAACAUCCACAAACUUCAAGGAGCAGGAGAGGGAGGAAAAGCGAAAGAACCAACAGAGGGUACAAGACGUUGAAAUGGGAUCUAUCACUCCCCUAGUUUUUGGAACCAACGGUGGGAUGGGAGCCGACUGCAACUGCUUUCUCAAACGCCUAGCCGACAAGCUCUCAGAAAAGAAUGAGGAA